AUGCCUAUAUCUCCCAUCAUCACGUUCAAGGCUGGCCGGUGCGACGCCGAAAUGGUAGACAGGCCAGCCAGGGUCAAGCCUCGGGAACAGCCCGGAUAUGUCUAUCUGUACUCCGAGGAUGACUUGGUGCACUUCUGCUGGCGAAAGCGCAACGACUCAUUGGAUGAGCCCGAGCUAGACCUCGUCAUGGUGCCUACCGACGGCAGCUUCAGUCCAUACGAAUACGACACGACCGUGCAACCGACUGCAAAGACGAACGGGCGCAUAUUCGUUCUCAAAUUUGCCUCGUCCUCGCAGAGAUAUCUCUUCUGGCUGCAGUCGAAGCCGCAGAGCCGAAACGGAGACCCCAGCUGGUUCAGCCCCCGGGAUCGGUUGAUCGGGCACAUUGUCCACCGCCUGCUGCAAGGCGAGGAAGAUCUCAACGUCGCUAGAGAACUCGCGGGUGUUCGCAACGUCGAUGAUCGACGAGACGAUGACGAUGACGAGACGAUGGAAGAUGUCGAGGGCACUCGUGGACCCCACGACCACCGUGGCGGUGGCGGCGGCGGUGCAGGCCCUGACGCAACCGGGGGCGAUGUUAGGGAAGAGGGCGAGAGCUCGAGAGAAGGCGGAGCCGAUGGUGCUAGAGCAGCCUCUUCGUCCACCUCGGAUGUCAAUUCUGUGGUGAGAAAUCUACUGGAAUCUCUGCGAAAUCAACCCGGCCUGGCCGGCGAGGAGGGACAGGCACACACCGAUCGUUUGUUCCCAUCCCUCAGCCACCUCCUCCCAACGUCAAUCACGACACCGAUGGUGGAUGGUGCAUCCCCCGACGAGAUGGACUCCCUCCUCAACUUGCUGCCACCCCGACUCUUGAUCUUUGCGAGCGGCGCUUCGGGGUUCGAUGGCACUGUUGCGCCGACGCCCGAGUCCGUCGAGGCCGCAAAGGCAUCCCUCUCCUUGGACGACAAGCGGAGUUUGCUCCGGAGGACGCUGAACAGUCCGCAGUUCCGGCAUGCCUUGGACAGUCUGACGUCGGCAAUCCGGGAUGGUGGGUUGCCCGGGGUGGCAGAUGCACUCGGCAUCAGGGUUGCGAAUGGCGGAUACAUGUCUGAGAGUGGAAUGCCCCUGGGCGGUGACCAAGCCAUGGAGGCGUUUGUGGAGGGAGUCAAGACGACCGUGGAAGAAGAAGGGCGACGCGAUGAGCCCGAACAAGGAUGUGUCACUGUUGACGUUGAGCUCUCUAUUGCUGUGCGCUUCACCACCUUUCGCGAAAAUCUUGGAGUCAGGACUGCAAAGGAGCCAGCGGCACAGCUUUCGUGGCCACUGUACUAUCCGUUGCAUGUUGGAGUGCAGCAAGGCAAUUCCUGGUUGCCCCGCGACUCUUUCGAGGCCAAUGCCUUCUCGUUCAUAAUUGUUUCGUUUCAUCUUCCUCCAGCUCGCGUCCCUUUCUUCCUCUACGAAAUACUCUCGUUGCCUCCACGCUCGUGGUGCAGAGAAGUCGCGAUGGUGCCAUCGUUUUCGACAAAACCGGAAGAGUUUGACACCGACAACCGAAUUUCUCCCUCCAAGGUCAACGGCAAAUUCGUCGCGGUGGAUGACGACGGCACCAAGUUCGAGUUUGACGUCGAGCAGAAGAAGUGGAUGCCUACCAGCGAAAGACGCAACGGAACGGAUGCCGUUGACUACGGAGAAGUGGCUGCUGCCGCUUCGGACGACGACAAUGACGGUGCGUACAGGAAACGCAAGCUCGAGGUUGAGAACGAACGGCAGGCACCCUCUAAGAGUACCGAGGCCUCGACGGAGACGCGGCCGAUGAAGAAAACCAAGGCGCCGGCCAAGGUCAGGCAGAACACGGCCGUUUACGUCACCGGCCUUCCGCAGGAUGCGACUGUGGCCGAGAUCCAUGACCUCUUUUCCCGCAAAGGCGGUCUCAUCGCCGAAGAAAUUGACAGCCACGAACCGAGAAUUAAACGGUACAUGGAUGAGGCCGGCCAGUUCAAGGGCGACGCCCUGGUCGUCUUCUUCAAACCCGAGAGCGUUCGGAUGGCCAUGAUGCUCCUGGAUGACUCCGACUUCCGACUUCUCCCCAACGGCAAGGGAGAAGGACGAAUCCGCGUGCAGGAAGCCGACUCCAGCUACAAGAAGGUACAGUACGACCAAGACGGCGCCGCCAAGGCCAACGGAGGGCCUCAGCAGGGUGGUAACAACAUGCCGCGGACGGCUGGCGAUCGUCAGAAGAUUAUCAAGAAGACUCAGAAACUCGACGCCAGGCUCGCCGACUGGAGUGAUGGCGAGGACGAUCGGUUCCCGGGCCUCGCCGAGACCAAGCGCAAGUCAAAGAAGGUCGUCCUUCGGCAGAUGUUCCGCAUCUUCCAGCUCGAGGAAGACCCAGCGUCCGUGCUGGAGAUCAAGGACGACAUUCGCGAAGAGUGCUCCAAGAUGGGAACGGUCACAAGUGUCGUGCUCUACGAUCAAGAGCCGGAAGGCAUCGUCACGGUCAAGUUCAAGGAGGCCGAGGCGGCCGAGCGGUGCGUCAAGACGAUGGACGGACGACAAUUCGACGGCCGGGUCGUGGUAGCGGAACUUGCCACGGGCAAGGAGAGGUUCCGCAAGAGCGACGAUCUCAGAGACGGAGAUUCGGACUAG